UUGUUAUAUUUCUUAAAUCUGCAAUUAUUUUAAUGUUUUGCAAAAAACUUUUAAAAUCCGCUAAUCAAAUUAAAGAUAAUUAUUUGAUAAAUCAAAUUUAUAUUGAAUAAAAUGGCUACAAACAAUAAAUCAGACUUAGAUGCAGCAGUAACAAUACCAAAAACAUCAUCAUUAAUACAUCCAGAUUGUGGAAAGGGUUCCACACAGGCUCAGCCAGCUACUAACAUCACUGAUGCAAUAAAUAUGGAUAAAAAUAAAGGUGACACAAAGGAUUGCAGAGGUUUUUUAUUUGAUAUCAUUGUAGUUAGACUCGAUAUUCCCAACAAGACUAUAAACGACACGAGCAAAUUAUUAGUGGAUGCAAAUUUUAAUGGAAACAACAUCAGGCUUACUUCAAGUCGCAUUAAUGUUUUAGAUUUCAAAGCCGAACGUAGUCUUGAAUUUGUUGCUAAUCCUUUGGCUUUAAAAACUGAAUUAUCAAGUAAUCCUUUAAGAUUGAAAGUAACAGAUGCGCCGACUGUUUUAGGUUAUGGUAGUAUUGAAUGGCCAGAAGAAGUUUUAUCCGGUUUGUUGGAGUGUGCUGGUGAAAUGACACAUUCAUUAGAAACUGAGCUUAAGGAAUGUGAUGGUGCAAAAACUGGUACUAUACAAGUAAUUAUACGUCUGCAGCCAAAAUGUGAGGAAUAUGUGGACGAUACUUCUGCAGAUGGCAAAUGCCGCAAUGCCAAUAAAGAAAUUGAUCCCAAUGAUAUUCUCUUUGUGGUGGGCGAAGAUAAAAAUCCCUGCUGCUGCUCUCAAGUUGGCAUCAUACCAGCUUCGGAUUCAGAUCAUGAUCUUGCACCAAAAUGUUUAGAUUUAUCAAAUUUUCGAGCUGUAAAUAGUCAAAAUGUUAAAAAUACAAACAUUUUGGAUUCUCUGGAUCCGGCAUGCCAAAAACUUAAGGAGGUAACAAAUCAUUAUCAAAAACUUAUUGAUGCCGUAAUGACUAAAGGAAAGGAAAAUCCAUAUACUGAAAAGUCGCCUAAAGAAAAGGAUGACAAAUUCUAUACACUACCAACGGAUAGCUGUUUCAAAAUCAAUGUGGAUAGCUGUUUCAAAAUCAAUGUAUUACCUUCCAGUUCAGACUCUUAUACAAUGCCAUUAUAUUGUCCAUCAGAUAAUAAAGCGUUUACUGCAAAUAAUGUUAGACAAAUAGCCCAUAAAGAGACUCUACCAGAUAUGGUGGAACAUGAACCCGAAUCUUUAAGAUGUUGUCCUCUUUGUAAGGAAGAUAUGAAAUUUUUACCAAAAUUAGCUGCCUGUCCCAAUUGUUGCUACAAACCUGUACCUUACUUUGAGGAGAAACCAUACAAUGAUACUCAAAGCGCCGAUCAAGUACUAAAAGAAUAUCAAGAUAAAUUGCAAACAAACGAUAAUGAAAGUAGUGAUACAAAUCUAAAAGAACAAACAAAAUGUCGUUGUUCUUGUAAAUAUGGCUCAAAUAAACCGUGUGCUCAUUGUCGUAUCCGAAAACUGUGUGAACAUAUAUUUCAGCCACCUCUUCCCACUGUACAGCCCAAUGUUGAGGUAGAGGCAAAAACUUCUGAGGUUCAUUGUGCCAGCAGCGAUAAUCGACCAUUUUUGACCAGAAUAUUUUCCGAAUUGAAAGAUCUUUAUGAUAUUGAAGAGCCAAAAAAGAAACACUUUGAGCCAGAUGAGCGUUGCGAGAUGGAACUAAAUAAAGAGCCGUCAAAGAAAAAUCAAUCGCUAUUGAAAAAAGAUCUUAUGAAGGAAGUGCAAAAUAAUGAUUAUGAAAAAGCAAAGGAAAUUAGUAAACCUCAAAAAUGCUGUAAACGCAAAAAGCGUUCGUUAAAACCGGCAUCACAACAGGCUGUGAAAAGUAAAUUGUAUGAUUAUCAAUUAGUUAGACAAAAUUGUGAAACUCAAAUUGGCCAUAAAACGUGCAUAAAUGGAUUUGCAGGACGUAAAAAUGUUCCACCUAACAUGGGUUGGCUAUGGAAUAUACACAAUUCUGGCAAAUGGAAACCGGGAGCCAUACGCAAACCAAUUAAAGAAUUAAUGAGAUAUUUUCUAAAAGAUUUCCCUGCCGAUACGCUACUUGUGUCCCAGUAUUCCUAUCGCAAAAUAUCUAAUUCGAGAAAUCCCAAUGUCCCCCCUCAUGUCUCUCUCGAACAAAAACCAACUUUAUACAUACACAAAAAGAAUGGGGAGUAUAUUAUAACAAUGAGGCCCCUUAAACCCCUCGAAGUUUUGAAAGAUGCUGCAGACCCUUAUGAAAAUAUGAAACCAAUACAAUUUCGAAUUGUUAAAAAUCCCCAAUUGGAGGCAAUACGAAAUCUCAAGAAAUGUUUAAAAGAAAUGGGCUUUAAGAAGUGCACCUGCCAUAGGCCUAUUAUGUAUUGCUAUUGUCGAACGUUUUUGGAGAAAAAGAAAUUGGAAUAUCAGUGUAAUAAGGAAUGUUGUGAACGACAACUGGAAUCAUGUUGUGAUAGCUUAGUACUCUCGGACACUAGUGAUAGUGAAGCAGAAUUUGAUUUUGGUGUAACACCUCCGGUUGGUGUAAUUAAACCUGAAAAACUAAAAAAAAUCAAUUUGGUAAAUGUUGGUACUCAGUAUGCUGAAUUAGAUUGGAAUCCAGAGCCUUUAUUUCCCAGACCUCCCAAUAAAUAUAUGCAGAUGUAUCAAUGUGCAGUGGGAGAACGUAAAGCACCAGCUACUAAAAGUGGUGUUGAAAGUGCGCGGUUGAAGACUGUUGGUGGUACAAUACGUAGUGGGGCUUGUACGAAAGGAGCUGGGGGUAUUUCAGCAGUGGGUAAAGGUAUGGCAGGAGGUAUUGUCGGCGUUAAAGGUGUUGGUGGUAAAGGUAUAUCAAGUAAUAUUGUGAGCGGUAAAGGGGAAGGCGAUGGUUUAGUAAUGGGAAAAGCUGGUAUCAAAGUAGGGUCUGCAGGUCUUGAUUCUAGCGGCAAAUAUGGCGGACGCGGAGAUCGCUCUGUAACUCCCAAGAAAAAAUUUGAUAUGUUAAAAUAUUCAAUGAAAGUAGCUAAAAGUAUGGCAAAAAUAUCACCCACAGAGGCAGCCGCUAAAAGAAAGGAAAAAAUGAGUUUAUUGAGAGGUGUUAAUCCUCCUCUAUUGUGUAUGGUGGAUAGACGUGGUAAACCAUUAAAUCCUUGUGAUCCUUGUUUUCCCAGUGGCGAUAAUCGUAUUUGUUAAAUGUCUUUAUUUACAAAAACGAAAGUUAUAAACUCCAAAUUAAAUGAAGUAAAUUCAAAACUAAAAAAUU